AGAAUCUCCAAGGUGUCUGAUCGAUUGUUCCAUGAGGCCGUGCACAGGCUGAAGCGAAAGUCAAAGCGCUGCGCAGUCAAAGCGUGUACAAAGUCAGCACCGCCACUCAGCCUUAUCUCACACUACCACACACUUACAAGAUACUUCCGCUGCACAUGCAAUGUGUGAAUGAAUUAGAGUCACGUCCUUGGCCUUUGCGUCCUGAAAAGUCUUGGAGACCGAUCGUUUCUGUAGUGGUAGACCAGCAUCAACGCUAUGAAGUGAACUUAGGAUGCGAUGGACAGAACCCAAACCUCAGGGAACGUUUUAUGAUGCACGGUGCACACGGCCGUUCUCGAGUGGAUAUCGAUGUGCAUUACCAAGCGGCGAACAAGAAGAAGCGCAAGAAACGGUAUCUGGUCGCAAAGACUUCCUUGUCGCUAGAGGCUCUAUCGAAGUUAAAGGGUACUGCAAACUCUUUCAAAAUACCGUUGAGUCCUGUGACACAGCCCUCUAUGCGCGGGUUGGCUCGAGGAAGAACAGUUUCAGUUUUCCUUAUUGCUAAGCUUGAAGUCCCCAAGACUCAGGCGGGCCCCCGCGCAUUACAAGAUUUAUUAAUAUCAGAAGACCAAUCAGAUGAUGAUGUUAAAUCACUUGGACGCUCUUCACCGACAUUUGAAUCAGAAUCAGAUACCAUAAGUAACUUUUCUUCUCCGAGUCGUGCUGUAACUCCUCCAGUUCCACUUGAAUUCUCCGACAUACACAUCCACCGAGGAUACACCUCGGACACAGAUGAUGACCGCCCGCUCGAUGAGCACGUCAAACGCAUCAACGACAGCUACGACAGUUUUGCAUUUACCGACAAUGCCGACUCGAGUACUUUGGUCGAUGUUGUCCCCUUUGCGCCUUCCCUUUUACCUAGUUACACAGAGCAGAUAUCCGUAGACGAUUCAUUGUCAUUGAUCGAUGCCCUUGUGGACUCUUUCUCGGUUUAUUCUGAACUUCGAGAGGCUUGCAGUGACUCCGAGUACGAGCGUAUCUUGGAAAAACUCAGGUCUGAAUGGUAUUAUGUGGGUGCAUCGGUGCUUGAUGCGGCUGUGUUCGGUUUUUCGACCAGCUCAUUAUUCUCCGUCAACACUUUCGCUCAAGGUUCAAUAGCCCUGGGAAGUGUCGCUUCAGGCAUCGGUCUCGCAAUCGAUGGCUGGUUCCUAUUGCUGUACAGUGGAGCAAAUGCCAAAAAAUUUCAGAAAUUUGCUCGUGACGUAUACGGCAAAUAUCUGUUCUUUUGCAUAUCAUCGCGUCUUCCUGCCGUAUGCAUGUUUAUGUCAGCAUGCGCCUUAAUGGCCUUUUUGCUUUCAGUUGCAUGGUCCGCUCGGCCCACUAUCGUGCUGGUCAUGUGUUUUAUCGCUGGUGUCAUGAUUAGUCUCCAGUUCAUCAUAUACGGGUUACACUGUGCAGUAAUUUGUAUGAGUGAGCUUAUUAGGAGAGCGUGCAGGGUAUCGAUGUGGUGUGUAAGGCGGCCGUCAAAUUAAUGUCUUGGAGCAUAAUGUUUUCAAAAAAAAAUAAUGUAUCUUGGACAAUUAUCUUGUAGCUAGCAUCUUGUAACACAAUGAUCUAUUGUUAUUUUUACGAUCGAGAGAUAUUUUUCGAGUCAAUAGCAAUAUCCGGGGAGGUCCGUUAACA